CGUUUCCCUAGGCAUGCCGCUGUCAGGAGGGGUAACAGCAGGGAGUAGUGUGCAGGUUCCUGUACAGACAGUGUUUACUCAAAGUCCGUUGCAGGUUGCAGUCACCACGCAGCCUGCUGUCUCGCAGCUUGUGCAGCCUCCCGAAGGGUAGGAUCUAUCGGAUGUCUCCAGGCGAGCUUGAUGAGCUUCGCCGCCAACUGAAGGAACUCGUAGAGAAGGGUUUGAUCCGGCCGAGUGUCUCUCCUUAUGGGUCUCCAGUUCUAUUUGUGCCUAAGAAGAAGGAGGGUACUCUUAGGAUGUGCAUUGACUAUAGGGGCCUCAAUGCCAUCACUGUAAAGAACAGAGAGCCCCUACCGCGCAUCGAUGAUCUAUUAGAUAGAGUGCAAGGGUGUCGGUACCUCAGUAAGAUAGAUCUGAAGUCCGGGUACCAUCAGAUUGCAAUCCGGCCCGAGGAUCAACACAAAAGCGCCUUUCAAACCAGGUACGGUCUGUAUGAGUUUGUGGUGAUGCCUUUCGGCUUUUGCAAUGCUCCUGGCACCUUUCAGCCCGCUAUGAAUCGGAUAUUCCAUGACUACUUAGAUAAGUUUAUUGUUGUGUACCUCGAUGACAUACUUAUUUUUAGUAGGAGUGUUGAGGAGCACGUUGCACAUUUGGACAAAGUCCUCAAUCUCCUGCGACAGCACAAGUACAAGAUCAACGGUGAGAAGUGCGAGUUUGGCCGCACCCGUGCCUUGUACUUGGGUCAUGAGAUCUCCGCGGAAGGGUUGAAGCCCGAUGACGUGAAGGUGGCCAGCAUUCGUGAUUGGCCACGUCCUCAGUUUGUGAUUGAGAUGAGAUCUUUCUUAGGAAUGACAGGCUACUAUAGGACUUUCGUUAAGAACUAUAGCAUAGUGGCCGCUCCUUUGACUGAUCUGACCUGCCUUGACACCCCAUGGGAGUGGACAGAUAGGACUGAUCAUCAGACCCUGAGAUGGAUGAGAACCCAGCCGGUACUCUCUGACGCUCUCAAGCGUUGGAUCGAAGUCAUUGAGCAAUAUAACUUUGACCCUCAGUAUCUCAAAGGGGAGUACAACAACGUUGCUGAUGCCUUGUCGCACAGACCGGAYUUCUCAGGUGCGCUGAUUACUAAGUUUGAUCUGACGGACAAUGUUACUCAGUCUUUGGUGGAAGCCUAUCAUCAGGACCAGUUUAUGUCUGAGAUCAUACGCAGACUUGAGACGAAAGACAAGAAGACCUCCGCCGAGUUUGAGUUGGUCAAUGGCUUGUUGUUCCUAGAGAAGGCAGGGAAUAAACGUCUGUGUGUUCCAAAUAGCGAGUCUUUGCGUAGUUUGUUUUUAGGCGAGUGUCAUGAUGCCACCGACCAUUUUGGGUAUAAGAAGACCGUAGUUAACUUGCUGCCGCGGUUCUGGUGGCCCACGAUGAUGCGAGAUGCUCAGCUGUACAUGGAGACUUGUCAAGUUUGCCAACGAGACAAGCCACGUACUCAGGCUCCUCUUGGGCUUCUGAAGCCCCUUCCGAUUCUGGAACGGUCUGGUGAGAGUAUGUCCAUGGAUUUCAUGGAUACUCUGAUCACCAGCAAGAGUGGAAUGCGUCACAUCUUUGUCAUCGUGGAUAGAUUUAGUAAGUAUGCUAGGUUAAUAGCCAUGCCGGAAACAGCAAAGACGGAGUACGUGAUUAGAAUGUUCAAAGAGAGCUGGGUCAGGGACUUUGGUCUACCGAAGUCCAUUGUUAGUGACAGAGAUGUCUGGUUCACCAGUGAGUUGUGGAAGGCCGCUGCUGCAGAACAAGGAACUCAGUUACAGAUGACUUCUGGGAAUCACCCAGAGGCCAACGGUCAGGCUGAGCAACUGAACCGCGUUGUGCAACACCUGUUGAGGCAUUACAUCAAGCCCAAUCAGGUGGACUAGGAUGAGAAGCUUGCUCUCAUCGCCAGCUUGUACAACAACGCAGUACACAGCGCCACCGGGGUGAGCCCCAACAGCUUACUACUAACAUUCAAGCCUAGACUACCACUAGACUUUCUUCUUCCUAAGAAUCAAACCACUGCUGGACCAGGUACCCUGGAAUUUGCUUACCGCUAAGAACAGAAGAUGCAGCAGGCUGUAGAACAAAUGCAGAAGGCGCAAGCUGCAAUGAAAGAGUCUGAAAAUC